AUUUGUUGCAGAAAACAUAAUUUAUACAUUCCAGGAGACAUUUUGUUUUCUUUGUAGUUUUUUUUAUAUAUUUUCUAAUUUUAAUGGAGAGUAGGGUGAGUGGAAUCCAAAAGUAACUAGACAGACUCGAUCCUGAGAUCGCUUGUGCAGGGCUACAGACUUUUCUCUAUAUAUAUUAGACGGAUACAAGCUAUUGUGGAAACAGAAAGAAUGGAAGUUGUGGAAGAAGCAGAAGGGUAUUUUAAGAUCUAUUCAGAUGCCUCUGUGCUGCGCCUUCCACAUCCCACCAUACCCCCCUCUUCACAUUUCACAGACGGCGUUGCAUCCAAGGACGUCGUUAUAAAUCCGGAAACCGGCGUCUGGGCUCGAAUAUUCAGGCCGGAAGCUUCUGGAAAAUUGCCCGUUCUGAUCCAUUUUCACGGGGGCGGAUUCAUCGUUUGUUCCACGGCCUGGGUGGAAUUCCACAACUAUUUUCAUGCUCUGUGUAAAACCGCCGGUAUAAUGAUAGUGUCGGUGGAUUACAGGCUGGCGCCGGAGUACCGGCUGCCGGCGGCAUACGAUGACUGCACGGAGGCCGUCGAAUGGGUCGCAAAGCAUGCCGCCGGGAAGGCAGAGUCGCCGGAGGAGUGGCUGUUGCCGUCCGUCGUGGACUUUUCCCGGUGCUUUUUGGCGGGAGAGAGUGCCGGAGGGAACAUCGUUUACCACGUCGGACUGCGAGUUGCUGAGCUGGACUUGAGGCCGUUAAUGGUGAAGGGAAUCGUUGUUAUUCACCCAUUCUUUGGGGGUGAGGAAAUGGCCGAGUCUGAGAAAAGGCCAGAGGUGUUGAAGUUUGUACAGCUGUCAAAUUCACUUUGGAAUAUAUCUCUGCCUGUGGGGUCCAGUAGAGACCAACCUUUCUGUAAUCCGGCUGUUUUGCCCAUGAAGCCUGGUUUGAAAUUACCGCCGGUUUUGGUGGCCGUAGCAGGAAAAGAUGAACUUAAAGAGAGAGGAGAGAUGUUUUAUGAAUAUUUGAGAAGUUGGGGGAAGGAGGCGGAAUUGAUGGUGGAGGAAGGUGGGGUCCACGGUUACCACGUCAUGUUUCCUGAAUAUGAAGGCACUCCACGGCUCAUACAGCGUGUUUCAGAUUUGGUUAAUAAGCGUUUUUGAAUAUUUUUAAAUCACUUUUCGUUGAUAGUUUGUAUUGGGUUGCCGUUGCUAAAGUUUUUUAUUACCUAUGUAAGGAAAAGUAAUUGGGAAAUUUAAAAAAUAA